AUGGCACAAAGAUACGAAACAUCUACCAUACAAGCUCGUAGAAACAAUGAUCCAUCAACGGAUAUAAAUAUUUUAUUAUUGGGGCCAACAGGUAUCGGAAAAACAACAUUCAUUAAUGGUUUAGCGAAUUAUUUAUGCAAUGAUACAUUAGAAGAUGCAGCCCGGGAUCAAAUGCAAGUUGUAAUCCCAUCAUCAUUCUCUUUUACUGAUGAUGAUACUUUUGAAGACAAAACCAUUUACAUUGGAGAAAGUAAUGAACAUGAACAUUUUAAUGAAAAUGGUAAUUCAUGUACACAACAAUGUCGAAGUUUUCUUUUUCCUAUUGGAGAAAAGAAUUUACGAAUAAUCGAUACGCCAGGAAUUGGAGAUACUAGAGGUUUUGAACAAGAUACAAAAAAUUUUCAUGAAAUUUUAACUUAUAUUUCCCAAUAUGAACAUUUAAAUGGAGUUUGCAUUUUACUUAAACCAAAUGAAGAACGUUUAACAAUACUUUUUAGAUUUUGUAUCAAUGAACUUCUUCGACAUUUACAUACAAGUGCAUCAGAAAAUAUUAUUUUUGUUUUUACAAAUGCUCGUUCUACCUUUUUCAAGCCGGGUUCAACAUCAAAAAUACUUCGCGCACUUUUAGAUCAACACAGAAAAGAAAGAAAAAUUGAAGUUCCUUUUACCAAUACUAAUACUUUUCUACUGGAUAACGAAGCAUUUCGAUAUUUAGCUUUACGUCAACGUGGAAUACAAUUGAGUCAGGAACAAAAAUUAAGUUAUCAAAACAGUUGGAAUCAUACUGUUCAACAAUAUUCAAAUCUUAUGGCUUUUAUUGUAACGCGUUCACUUCACGCUGUCUGUAAUACACUUUCACUUAAUGAAGCUGAACAAUUAGUGAGGAAAUUAACACGUCCAAUCGUUGAAACAACUAGACUUAUCGAAGAAAAUCUUCAACUAGCUAAAAAACAUGCAAAAGAUAUCAGUAAAAAUCCUGCAUUAGCUCAUAAAGGUCUACCACAAAAGACUGCAAAAUCUGAGCAUUUGAAAUAUCCGACGACAAUUUGUACAAAUAAAAAAUGCUGUCGAACUGUUAUUGUUAAUAAUGAGACCAAAAUUGAACCACUAUCGAAAUGUCAUGAAGUAUGCUAUUUGAUAGGUGUUAUACAAGAAAGCUAUAAUGAUGAGAGGAUGGCGAAUUGCGAAGUUAUGCACUAUAAAACAGGUAUAUGUUCAAAAUGUGGUUGUUUAUGGAAUGAUCAUCAACAUAUAACAUAUGAAGUAAAAACCGAUAUUCGUUAUCUUAAUGAAGCAUCGUCAGCAGCUGAUAUUACAAAAAGAAUUAAUAACUUAAAAGAAGAAAAAGCGAAAAUAGAAGAAGUUUAUAAAAAACUUGCAAAAUUCCUUCAUGCAAAUGCCAUUCUUCCAUUACAUGAUGAUAUUGUAGAAUAUCUUAAGCUUUGUAUAAAACAAGAAGAAAUGAAAACAAAUUCGGGUGGUCAAAAUAAUGAAGUUAUUCAAGGACUUGAACUUCUCAUGAAAGAGUAUAAAGAAGAAAUCAAUUUAUUUAAAGAAACAAUCAAAAAUGAAAAAGAUCCAACAAAUCAUAAAGAUGUCGUUAAACCUGAUCAAAUAUUUACUUUAGUUGGAACUCUUUACCGGUUACCUAUCUAUGGAAACUUCAUUCGUACACAAGUUAAUGGACUCAAAAUCACUCAAGAUAACACAUCAUCCAAACGAGAAGUGUAUGUUGAACUACCAAGUAAAGCAAAUGCAUCCCAAAUUAUGCGUCAAUUCAAAAAUCAUAUGUCUUCAACAUAA